AAAAGAAAAGCAGUAAUGAAAGCUGGUGGAGACCGUUGUAUGCAGUUGCAGCGCACACACACUGAUGUAUUAUUGUGUGCUUGUUUUUACGUCAGAUCCUGCCAGUAAAGAGCUCUGAAGGACAGUCCUGUGUCUGUGGCCUGAUUGUAUGUGUGCGGUGAUUUGAGGCAACUCCAAUAACCCUGGACGGACAAAAGGAAGCCGUCACACUGGUGCCGUGACCCGGAUUGCUGAGCAGCUUGAUGCGGUUCACCGGAGGUUACUGUGUCGUCUACCUGCAAGUUACCUCUUCACUUCAAGACCUCCACAAUUGGGUCACAAGGUGCAUUUCCAUCUUCUUUGUGGAGUUUCAGGCUCACUUUGAAUCCGACUACUCCUCUACCGCUUGGAUCCACAGUCUGGUUGACUGCACCACCAUGCUCUGUGCUCCUGUCGGUAGUCUGGUGGGGAAUCGCUGGUCCUGCAGGGUGGCAGUGAUGUCAGGGGGAGUCCUGUCCUCCUGUGGCCUCCUGCUCAGCUCCUUCGCUACCAGUUUGGAGCAGCUUUACUUCAGCAUGGGAAUCAUCACAGGCCUGGGAUUUGCCCUCUGUUACACCCCCGCAAUCGCCCUUGUUGGCUGCUACUUCCGGCGCAGGAGGGCCUUGGCGUACGGCAUCGCCAUGUCAGGCAGCGGUAUUGGGACAUUUGUUCUGGCCCCAGCCGUGCAGCUGCUCAUCAGUCUGUGCUCAUGGAGGGGGGCCCUUCUCAUUCUCAGUGGCUUUGUUGCUAAUCUCUGCGUCUGUGGAGCACUGCUGCGACCAAUCACAGUGCAGGAGGAGGAGGAGACGGAGGAUAUACGGGGGGAUUCAUGCGAUGAGAAACUGCGCUGUGAUGUCUCAUCGCAGGACAUUGAACUUUCUGAAAAACUCACCCAAGAUCCCAAAGACACACAUUUGUCAUCCAUCAAGGAGUCGUCAUUACCUUGUCAGCCCCUGUCCUGCUCUGAAAACUCUGUUCCUGGGCUGAAGAGAAGGUACUGCUUCCUGUCCAGUAAGGAGUAUCACUUUCUGCUGCUACCAGACUUCCUGGGUCUGGCUGUGUCCCUCCUGUUCCUGGCCAGUGGCUGCAGCCUGCCCUUCGUCUACCUUGUGCCAUAUGCCCUGAGCACCGGUGUCAGCCACCAGAACGCUGCCUUCCUCAUGUCUAUACUUGGAAUCAUUGAUAUUGUGGGAAACAUCACCUUCGGCUGGCUGACAGACACAAGGUGUUUGAAGCCACACCGUCUCAUCUGCUACAUCUUCUCAGUGGCGAUGGAAGGUCUCUGCUGCCUCUUCAUGCCGCUGCUGUGUUCCUUUGCUCUCCUUGUGCCGUUCUCCGUACUCUAUGGUUACUUUGAUGGCGCCUAUGUGGCUCUCAUCCCAGUGGUGACGUCUGACAUGGUGGGAGUUUCAUAUCUGUCCUCGGCACUGGGUGUGGUCUUCUUCCUGCAUGCUGUCCCUUAUUUGGUCAGCCCACCAAUCGGAGGCUGGCUUGUUGACGUCACAGGAAGUUACACCGCCACCUUCUUCCUUAGUGGAUCCACACUGCUGACCAGCUCGCUGGUCAUCUCCAUUGUAGCUGGGAUUCGCUGCUGCCGCCAACACCGGAACACUAGACACAAAUCCCACUCCCUCAGACUAUGUAACCAAUCAGACUGCUUCCAGAAAGUGGUUCACAGCCAGGGAUCUCAUUUAUAAAACAUUGCGUAGAAUCCUUACUAAAACCGUACUUAAGCUCAGCAAAAAAACGCACUUCCGCCAAGUGGGUUUGUGAUCUAUCAAACAUGGAGUACGCACAGCUGCAUGCAAUCUCCGCUUCAUAAAUCGGAGACUAACGAGAAUGUUUCUCAGCUGCAUUUUAGUCUGCAUUUCGACUUUCAAAAAACUCCUGAAGACCCUGCUCUUCAGAGAGCAUCUUCUAAACUAGCACCCUCCCUGCACCCGUCCCCCUCUCUACUGUCCACUCCUUGUUCCCUCCUCUCCAUGAUUCAUGAUACUGCCUCACUGCCACCUACAACUGACUGGAAAUUGUUUGUUGUUGUUGUUAUUGUUGUUGUUAGCCUCAAGGGCAACAUGCCGUUUUAACUUGUAAGUCGCUUUGGACAAAAGCGUCUGCUAAAUACAUAAACAUAACAUAAACAGUCACAUCCCGCCCUCACCAUACCCACUUACUGCCAUAAAUAGUCAAUGCAAAGUGCCUUGUAGACCUCAUGCAUAUACAUAAGGCGGCUGUUGCAGCGCUCCGCCAAUGACGAUGGCGACCGUAGAUCAAGGCAGAUCAAGGAAGUGCUAUUUCACAGAAGCAGACAUUCAGGUACUUGUGGGUGAAGUGGAAAACCAAAAGAAGGUGCUUUUGCAAAAUAAAUAAGAGAAAAUCCACGGAGUGGCACAGCGUUGCUGAAGCCGUCAAUGUUGUGAAUUCUUCAGAGAUCUGUGGCGGAUAUAAAAAACAUUCCAAUUGGGAUUCGAUCAACAGACUCCCAGGUGACAGUCACGCACGCUAACCAGCCAUCCAAACAGAAAUCUCCCUUGUCCAAGUAGCCAGGGCGCAUGAUCAAGUGGGUCACAGAUGCAUGACAUUCUGUCUCAAUCUGCCCCCUGCUGAUAUUCUGCUCUUCAGGCUGUGUGUGUGUGUGUGUGUGUGGGGGGGGGGGGGGGGGUCUUGUUUUGUGUGCGCACAAAGCAGUACAAGUACUAAUGCUGCAGGAUUUCAUCAUUGUAUCCUUCUCAGCAGCAGCACUGCAGGUGCUCUCCAUGUCCAAAAUGUGCGUAAGCCAGGUCCUUAGUCAACUUAAAACUGUGCAAUUUUUCCUGCUAAGUUUUCUUUCAUAAAUUCAAAAGUUUGUGUGGAAAGUUGCUUACGCAGUUUUCCAACCCCGUUUUGUGCGUAAGCAAGCUUGAUAAAUGAGGCCCCAGGACAAUUCCCCAGAGUCAUCCUGAUAACAACCAAUCAGAUUCAUGGACACUAAAGAACACCGGGAGAGAUGUGACUGGCUGCAUUCAGAUCUUUAUGUGAAGAUUUAUUCAGGGUACUAUUCUUUGAAACAACUUCACUUAGUUGUCAUUGACUCAGGUGGUAUUAAAACAAGUUAAAAAGUUUACAAGUCUGAAGUGAUAAUGGCAGAGUGAGCAUACCUGUAUGGACUCUCAUUAGGGACAAAAGUUUCCCAAAAAGGUUUCUUCCACAGAUGAAUCUGUAGUCAAACACAUGAAACCCAAGGUACGGACAUCUGGAAUACUCAGGGAUGAUAGUUUUCUUGUUUCCUGUGAAUGUUGCACUAUUCGUCUGAUUUGUCAUUCCAGUAUUUACCAUUAUCAAUAACCAUCCACAUCCACUUCAAAAACUGUUGGUGCUGUUUUGUAAACUGAUCAUUGAAAUGACUCCUGACCAAAACCUGUCUCUUGUAAAGCUCCAGUGUGUGGUGAAACAUUUCUGGUUUCCCGUUUCUGCACUUGAACUAAUUUCUUCAUCAGGAGUUAAUGACCUGCAGCAAAAAGGUUCAUGAAUGUUCAAACUGCUUUCUUCAAAGUGUUCUGGAUCAUCACCCUUCUGGAUUGGAAAACUGUAUGCUGCUCUUUUAAGAUGUGGAACACUUAAAAAAAAGCAUUUUAAGGAUUAUUUCUGAUUAUAACCAGUCACUCUGAGGUUUUAAUGCAGACUGAACAUGAAAAUAGUCUCCUACAACUAUCUGCUGCAUUAGCUUCUGAUAGAAAAUAGUCAGUGAAACUUUAGGAUUUUAAAAGCCUGACAGAUCUACAUCACACUGUUUCUUAAUGUUCAUGGACUCACAACAGGAAAGGCUAUUGGUGUUUUUGCAUCUAGCAAACAGCUCAACUAGUAGCAACUGUUAGCAUUAGCAACUCCACCACACAGCAGAAGCUCCUCCAGGCUUGUUACUUGUGGAAAUGAAACGUCCAUAUUGCAAGCCCGUGGUAAAGUCGUGUUGCUGUUAUCCAGUCCAAGAUGUCCAAAUACUGUAAUGUUUCUUGAAUUAAGAUGUUUCAUGUUCUUUGCAAAAGAUCUUUAUUUCUCAUCUUCACCAGCUGUCUUUCAUCUGCCCAUCAACACUCUCCUCAACUCUUAAAUAGAUCUGUCUAACACCGCCCUCUUGUGGGCAGAGCCAUAAGUUAUCACUACAAAUUCCAGGAAAUAAGACUCCCAAAACCUGCAUCUGAAGCUCAGCUGUAACGUGGGUCACUUCUAAUCAUUUCUGUAGAACUCUGCUUGUUUUCCAGUUUGUGUCCUAAGACUUCAGUGUUUUAAGCUUUGUGCUCUUUAGCUUAUUUUUCUGUUAUAAGACUUUAUUUAGGAGUAUCCCUACUGAGUUUUCCAAAAUAUUUCUUCUGCUAAUAUGAACUCAACUUCAGCUAAGGUCUUUAGUUGUUUUUAACUUGGUGCACACACAUAAACAGCGUUAAUGCUAAUUAAAAAAAGAAGCCAUCAUCCAAUUUUGUUUUAAAUUUUGCAAUAAAAUGUCAAUUCCACUCCCCCACAUGAGAGAAAGUUGGAGGAAUAAACUUGAGUGGAGCCACUAUCAUAAUGCUAGUUGACAACAAUGGGAGGGUUUUUGUUUGUGCCAUGCCAAGCUCCCCACUUGCUGUGUGCCUGUGACUGAUCACAUUUGUUUAAGUCACAACUGAUUUAUCAUUAAAUUAUUUUUAACAAGU